GCAGAAACGGCGAAAAUGCCACCGGAAUCAUCACGCUCGGAGCCACCACCGAACUUCUGGGGACACCAACCGGAAGAAGAAUUCUACGCCUCACAAGGCGUUCGCAACACCAAAUCCUUCUUCGAAACCCCCCAUGGCAAGCUCUUCACACAGAGCUUCAUCCCUCUGGACUCGCCGGAGCUCAAAGGCACCGUUUACAUGACUCACGGCUACGGCUCCGACACCGGCUGGAUGUACCAAAAAAUAUGCCUCUCCUACGCCUCCUGGGGCUACGCCGUCUUCGCCGCCGACCUCCUCGGCCACGGCCGCUCCGAUGGCCUCCGCUGCUACCUCGGCGACAUGGACAAAGUCGCCGCCGCAUCCCUCUCCUUCUUCCUCCACACCCGCCGCAGCGAGCCCUAUCGCCACCUCCCAGCGUUCCUCUUCGGCGAGUCCAUGGGCGGCGCCGCCACUAUGCUCAUGUACUUCCAGUCCGAUCCUGACACCUGGACCGGCCUGAUCUUCUCAGCCCCCCUCUUCGUCAUACCAGAUAACAUGAAGCCGAGCAAGCUUCGCCUCUUCCUCUACGGCCUCCUCUUCGGCGUCGCCGAUACUUGGGCCACCAUGCCGGACAAUAAAAUGGUCGGAAAGGCGAUUAAAGAUCCGGAGAAGUUGAAGAUCAUAGCGUCGAACCCAAGAAGGUACACGGGACCGCCUCGGGUUGGGACGAUGAGGGAAUUGGUUCGGGUAACGCAAUACAUUAGGGACAAUUUUUAUAGGGUUACAGCGCCGUUUCUAACGGUGCACGGUACGGCUGACGGAGUGACGUGUCCAUCGUCGUCGGAAUUACUGUAUGAGAAAGCGGCGAGUGUCGAUAAGAGCUUGAAGCUUUACGAUGGGAUGUACCAUUCGUUGAUUCAAGGAGAGACUGAUGAGAAUGUGGAGAUUGUGCUGAGGGAUAUGAGAGAAUGGAUCGAUGAGAGAGCUUUGAGAUAUGGACCAAAGAAAUAGAAACCCUAAAAGUGGAUUUAAGAUGAAGAUGAAGGUCGGCGUUAAUGGCGGAAAUGGAGGGUUUUUUUUUUUUUUUUUUUCGUCUGUGUGACUGGAUGAUGACAAGGGCACAAUUGGUAAAUUCAAUGUAUCUUUUGGGUCACAUAUUUCUUGAUGGCAAUUUGCUUUAAUUGACUUUCUUUCUUCUUAUUAUAUUAAUUAAAUAAACUCAUUCCUAAUAUAAGUUA